UUUUUCCUUAACACCAAGUACUGCAGGAACCAAGCGUGAGGAGAAGAAGCACCUCGGGGAUUUCUUUGGCAUGUCUAACAGCUAUGCUGAGUGCUAUCCAGCAACAAUGGACGACCUGGCUGUGGACAGCGAUGACGAGGUUGAUUACAGCAAAAUGGAUCAGGGUAACAAGAAGGGUCCUCUGGGACGCUGGGACUUUGACACGCAGGAGGAGUACAGUGAUUACAUGAAUAACAAGGAGGCUCUGCCCAAAGCUGCCUUCCAGUACGGCAUCAAAAUGUCAGAGGGGCGGAAAACCCAUCGUUUUAAGGAGACUAAUGAGAAGGCCGAGCUGGAUCGGCAGUGGAAGAAGAUCAGUGCUAUUAUUGAGAAGAGGAAAAAAAUGGAUUCAGAUGGGGUUCAAGUGAAGAGACCAAAAUAUUGAAGACCCCCAACCCCCAUCUCUGUUAACAUCUUUAUUUUCAUAAUUGUUCUUUUUGAACAAAACAAAAAAGUUUGUAGUGCUUUAUAUUUAAGGUGUGUAACUUUUUUUUUUUCAUCAGCAUGUGGAAUAAAUUAAGUAGACUGAUGAUAUUUUACAUUUAGUUUACUGUGCAUAUAUGUAAUUCCUUCAUUUUCUAUUUUAUCUUGUGUUAUGAAAAAUAACUGAAUAAAUGUUACUGUACCAAA